CUCCACUUGUCAUUGUUACCGAGCGCAAACAAAUUGACCAACUCGACCGUUUUUGAAGAUAUCUGUGGCUCAAUUGCGCUUGAUGCCUUUGACGAGCGAGCUUAUGGUCGAAUGCGACGAGAAUCAUCUCCAAGACCAAAGAAUGAAUGUGGCUCAUCAAAAACAUAACCAAAGCAAGCACGCAUCAAGACUUCAUGGAAAUAGUCUGGACUCGGUCGACGCAAAAGCCUUGUGUAUUGCUAGCAGAGAAGACUGGGACUUGCCAGCGGCCAAUUCGACACUACUCACUAGCUAUGGUUUCAAGCUCUCGACUGAUCUGCAUUUGCAUCACUGCAGCCGAUCGUGGGCAUCCUAUAGCUUGGAGUCUAAUGAAGAUCGAGAGUCUACUCAUGAAAAGAAAGCCAUCUUAUGGGCAGCCGCCAAAGGCGAAUCCCAAACGAUGGCAUUCUUGCUUGCUCAGACCCCUUCCGACUUGUCAUUUAGGAACUGCUAUGGUCAGACCGCUCUAUCCCUUGCAGCCGAACACGGGCGUCGGGAUACCAUGCAGCUUAUACUGGCACGGGCCAAUGUGAACGUCAACGACUGGGAUAUUGAUGGUCAAACUCCGCUGGCGUGGGCCGCUUUCCAUGGACAUUUCGACCUAGUUGAGAUGCUAUUGGACCGAGACGACCUUAACGCCAAUACCAAAGAUGUUGAUGGCAAUACGCCGCUCGCUUGGGCUGCCGCGAAUGGUCAUUAUGCUAUAGCUGAACAAUUGCUGGAGCGAUUCGACGUUGAGAUUUGCCCUGUUAAUUUUUGGGGAGAGACGCCGCAAGAUCUGGCCAAUGGAAAUGGCCACAACAGAAUAGUGAGGCUGCUUAGAAUGUGGAGCAGUUAGGAGAGGCAUGAUGGUCUUUCAAAGCUGAAAAUUUUCC